GACACAGGCGGCCGCGCCCCACGAGUGACGGAGCUGCCGCGCCCAGCGAGUGACGGAGCUACCGAUCCGACAGAGACAGUGGCUGAGGCUGUGGCAGACAGUGAUACCUGAUUGAAGGGACAACAUCAGCGGUGAGGCGAGAGAAGAGCGGCUGGAGGGGAGGAGCCGACCCGAUUGAAAUGGACGGAGUGGCCGUGCCGUGACGGCGCUCAGAGCAGUGUGCCGGGGUAGGAGGCGGUGACGGUGACGGGGCGUGGCUCGCCACCAUGGACUCGGAGCCGGGAUGCUGCUGGCGCUGCGGGGAGCCGGCGCAGGGCAUGUGUCCCAUGUGCCAUCUGGCGCUCUACUGCUCCAACACCUGUCUCCAAGACGACCGAGCCUCGCACCUGAGCGAGUGUGACGAGGCGGCCAGCACCGAGUUGCCGUGCGCCUACUGCGGCCGCAUGUCGCGCGAGCUGUCGCGCUGCGCCCGCUGCCACCUGGCCGGCUACUGCAGCCGAGAGUGCGGCGAGCUGGACGGCCGGCGCCACCUGCCCGCCUGCCUGGCCGGCCGCGACGCCGUGCUGCGCCUGGCCAACCGGCUCAGCCACGACGCCGAGCCCUUCCGACUGCCAGUCUACUUCGGCGACGGCGUGCACGCCCUCAACCUGCUCAGGAACACGGACCAGCGUGGCGAGGAGCCGUGCCAGGUGCUGCAGCUGUCGGCGCAGCUGCCGCACCUGCUGCGCACGGCGGCGGAGGUGUCGGAGAGCCGGCGCCCGCUGCUGGCCACGCUGGCCUCCGACAGCGGCCACCAGCUGGCGCGCGCCUACCUGCUGCUCUACCUGCUGGCGCGCGAAGCCAGACCGGAGGCCAUCGUCCAGGUGAUGUACUCGCUACGACUAAGCGCCGAGCACGCGCGCUUGCUGCAGGCGGCGCUGGAGCAGCUGGUGACGGCCACCUACACCCAGCUGCUGCAGCUGGUACCCUGGGUGCGAAUCGGCCGCGCCGCGCUCUCCCACUGGCAGGAGGUGUGGCGCGCCUGGCUGCACGCCAUGCAGGACGCCGGCUGUCUGGCGCGCAUGGAGCGCUGCCGAGACGCCGCCAUGGCCGAGCCGGAGACCGCCGCCAAACUGGAGCGCUACCUGGGGGCGCUGCCCGAGGGACAGCAGCGCUCCGCCAGAGACUUCCUGCUCGGUCACGGCACGCUGAUAGGGGACCGCCAGCGACGCGCGGCCGCCGACUGUGCCAACGUCACCCUGCUGGCGCUGAACCCGCGGGAGUCGCGGCACCGCGAGGCCUUCUCGGACCUGCGGCUGGGCUCCAACCCGCCGGCGUGGCUGGAGCACGCCGCCGGAGCGGACACGGUGCUGGCUCCGGCGCCGGUGCCGGCCGGCCCGCUCGCCGACUGGGACCGCGCCGAGGUGCAGCGUGCGCUGGGCGCCGACGCCGACCCGCUCGAGGGAUGUCGGAUGCUGGCCGAGGACGGCGCCGAGGCCGCCGAGGCGCGCGCUAUCGCCGGCCAGCUCAGCGUGCGGCUGGUGCAGUUCUCCUCGCUAUCCAAGCUGGACGAGCUGCUCGCGGACCUGCGCUUCGAGCGCGUGUUCACCGCCGACGCCACCGACCGACUCGGGCUGUUCGCCGUCCUCGAAAUGGCCGAGGUCCUCCUGGCGCCGGUACCGCACUCGAUGAUAGUAACUAGUCACAGUCGCUGGGCGACCUUGUUGCCGCCAGCUGGAACGGCGCUGUCCGCCCUGCGCGGCAGCGGCUCUAUGCACUGGGAUAGAGAGAUGGACAAGGAGAAGUUCCGAAUUCAAACCUACCUACAAGCCGAGAGACUUGCGUACGCGGCCCGAGCAAGACAGAAAGACGUUCUCGAUCCUCAGCUUCGAGUACCGACCUUACCAGAAGUCACCACCUUCGGCACACUCCUGAUGACAAACUUCUCGCGUCAACUAAAUGCUGCCGUACCGCACAAAUUCCGACCUGAGCGAAGACUAGCCUCUAGCGGCGAUGAGAUGAUCCGCUUCCUCGAGUGGUGCCGUGACCGGGAAGGAGUUCGUAAGAGGCUCGCUAGUCAGCACGACUGGGAAAACCUUCAGGCUGCCGAAGAAACAGCGGCGUUGGCGAGGGCGGGAGCGGUUGCUCGCGGUGCGGCUCAGUCGCCUGCCCACCGAGGUCCCGGGCUCUAUGAGCGCCAUGUGCGGAGUCCAGCAUAUGAGGGAGAUGCUAAGGUCACCCAUGGAAGCAUGCGGCGACAGGCCGGCUCGGAUCGACGUCCACCUGCCAUGGUACAGUCCAGCCCUUCCCCAAACCAGGAGUCGACACUGCACCCUACCCAUCACCCAAGCCGAACACAGAGCGCUCGGCGACCGCGCCGCGCGCCUCCGGCCCAGAUCGUCCGCACCGGUUCAAUGCCGGCGACCCGGCGCUCCAGAUCCGAGAGCCGCGGGUUCCAGCCAUCACGCGAUUCGCCACUUUACGAGAACCCGGCGGCGGCAAGAGAGGCGGCCAGAGAGGAGGAGCGCGCGAUUAGGCUAGCAAGGGAAGCAGAGUUAUACGAGAACCCAGCAGCAGCUAGAGCGGCCGCGAGGGAGGCGGACCGCACGACGAAAGAGGCAAGAGAGCUGGACCCCCAGGAGACAAAAGUGAUGUCAAUAGAGCAAGCCCCACUGCAGCAUCCUCAGUCGAAUCAAGCACGACCUCAACGGCGAGUUAGCAGGCGUAGGACCCUUGAGGUCGAUCCCGCCAGUCGGUCAGUUCAGUCGUUGGAACCAUUCCGACGUUCCGCCAGUCUACGACUGGGCAGCAACCACCCUUCUGCAGGAAGAGCUCGGGCUCCAUUGGCUGGUGGAGAACCCGUGCCACUACGAACAGGGAAGCCCCAGGCCAAUCGAAAGCCUGCACCAUUGCCAAGAUCCUUGGAAAGUAACUUCCCUAGUUUGCGGUCUCCACAAAGCCCGAAUGGAAGCACGUACCCCGACGUCCCUACGAGCGAGCAAGACAAGUCAACACCGAGGAACACCCCGCGCACUGCACAACGUGAGCCCAUUUACGCCUCAUCCCAGAGCACACUUCGGUCCUUACCACCACAUCAACAGUCCUCAGUCGGUCGGUCUGGGACCCCUCAGUUUUCGCUAGGUCCGGACGGUAGACCGUAUGCAAUGCAUGGCGGGCAAGGGAGGGCGAGAUCACCGGGCAACGACAGCCUGAGCUCCCAGCAAGACAGUUCGCUAUCAGCUAGCGAAUACUCGGCGUUGCAGACUCCCGAGGGCCGUCGUCGAUUGGCUAAUAUGUUCACCUACCCGCCCAAACGUUCGGAACGUCCAGCCAGCAUCAGCUCUUUCCCGACCAUGUCUCGGGAAACGGCAGGUAAUCCGCCGAGUCUCCCAGUCAAGCGCUCCACCACAAGGCGAGAGACUCUUCCCAGACAGUCUGAGUCUCGUCAUGGUCCUCAGCAAUUGAGCCAGCCGGGGAGAAAGAAUCCUUAUGCUGCUUUGAUCCUGCCCAAAGAGGAAACAGAGAGUCUGGCUUCACGUCGGCGGUCUCGUCCACCAGACCGCGCACACACCCUACCGAGCCGGCUUUCUGAGCCAGUGGCUCAACUUCCGACUGGUCAGUACCCUCGUUCCAACAAUGGUGCGCCUGUGCCGCCUCCCAGGAAGAAGCAGUCAGCUGAGACGCUGCACAGCUCCGAGUAUGAUGACUAUGCUGUUCCCCAGCCAAACCCGAGGCGAGUCGAAGAGGGACCCUUCAGGCAGCAGUCCGCUGCUGGUUCUGAGGAAACCCUGGUGCCAUCUUCUACCAGCAGCGAUAAAGACACGGCCGAUGGUUCACCCACCGGUAACAACAACACAGAGCCUAAUCAGCCCCCAGCCUCUCCCGCAGAAAUCGACCGGCUCACCCAGUGGAAGGAACGAAAAAGUAUUGCUGACUGGCUUCAACAGGAUCGUACGCGUCAGGACGAAUUCGACCGUCGCGCUCAGCCAACGACUAAAGACCUCCGUUGGACGCGAUCUCAGCUCGAGCCUCUGCCUUCCACAUCACCUUUGCCGACACGACCUGGUCGCAUCACACCAACUUCUUCCAAUUCGACAUCUGCUCCGUCGGCCUCCGCAACGGAGCAGCGUCAUGCCUUUUUGCGCAGCCGAGAGACCACAGAGGAAAAACUGCUAAGAUCUCUAGAAAAGGCUGAGACCGCCUGGUGGGUAAAGCGGCCGUCUUCGACCGACACGACUACGUCUGAGGAGCGCUCAUCACACACUGGCAGCUCAUCCAGUCGUAGAGUCCCGCGCAACGAGCAAGCCAAGUCACCUACGGAAUCGUCAGCUCGGGGCCAACAUGAAAAGCUUGAGAGUCAGGAAGCAGUUCUUUCGACGGACGAGCUUCCACACAGUGAAGGUGAGCCUCAGACAAUCGCUGAGCUUGGUCUGCGGGACGAUGCCGCUGCCUGGGUGAUGGACCAAUGCCUACAAGAAGUGCUAGUUGAAGAACAAGAGACCCUGCAGGUGCAGCUGAUUGAAUGGAUGGAGCGUGAGAUAGAGAAUGAAAUGCUGUCAGCCAAAAAGGCAUUAGAGGAGCUGAAAGUGGCAUCGAAAAAGGCACGAAAGGGGAGGAAAGCCACAAACGAUCGCAACGCUGUGCUGGAUGGUCCUGUUUCUGAAACACGCCGGGAACAAAGCGGAGAGAGCUGUUUCGCAGAGCAAGCCGACAAAGACAUACUCGACACGGACAUUAAAGCCAAAAGGUCGUCGGAAAAUGAAGGGACGGAGGAGAAACGUGAGUUGGACCACCUGCCUCUACCGAGAAGUCCAAAUACCGCACUUUCGAAACAAAAUCAGACCAGGCUCAGCCCUUUUGACAUCAAUUCCCAAGAGACCGGGAAGCUCAGUUCACCGCAAUGUCCCAUUGUCGAUACGCCAGCACCCAAAACAAUACCCAACGAGUUCUUAGCCGAAAUGUUCCAGUUCAAGUCCCCGACAACAGGCGAACAGCUUUUGACACUUCGCCUUGAUGCCACUGCUGAGACACCAUCUUCGCAAGGUGAGGUAAAUCUACCAAAGACGCCACUGUUCUCUUCCAGCGUCACCCUGCCCUCCUCAGAGAGGACGCUGACAGUGCCGGGAAGGAUCGUCAUCAAUGUGGUCGCCGAGCCAAACACGACGCAGCCGCCAGCCAUUCGCGUGCCACGUGAGCAGCCCAUGGUAGAGACCGAGGUGAAAAAGCUUCAGUUGUCAGCUUCGCCUGCGGGAGCCCCUCCAGACAAACACGACACCAAAACAAAGAGCAGACCUGGAUCGGAUGGCGUUCCUGUCGCCGACAGUUUUGUGGCUGGUGUCGAUCCGUCUGUCCGUGCUCCAGUCGCAACAUCUGUAAAUGGCAAACAAGCAACGUCAGAUCAUCCAUCAGUCAGCGAGAGGACGAAUAGCACCACAUCAGCGGCCCCGCAAACCAGGCCAGCCAGCCAACAUUCUCGACGUGAGGCCUUCAAACCCUUAAGUCUUCUCGCUCCGAACAGUGCCAUCCGGCCGAUGUCGGCACAUAUAGGCCACCUCCACCGUUCUCCCGUGGAAGAGCCAUAUCCGGUUCUGGAAGAGGACCUCAGCAGCCGACGGAAACGAUUAGAGGCUCGCUCCGCCGCUAGGGAGUCAUCUACCGAAAAAUCCUGUCCGUCUGACUCCUCCCCCGAGCAGCCACAACCACCCACUAACCUUCAAAAUAUCGGAACGUUCGAUUCCGCAGGCGAAGCGCCCCAAAGGGAGAGCUCAUCCGAGGCAGAUGAAAACAUCACUAACUUGACUGCGAAGGAACAAUGUGAACAAGGAGAGUCCGAAUCGGAAAGCGGAUUAGAAAGCGAGAACACGUCAGCCACAUAUCGAUCCUCCCUGCACAUACCAAUAGAUGGAGCCCAGGAAGAUGCCACGAACCCCCGACUCCAAGAGAUCUUCAUCAAGUUCCCCCUGGUGACUCAAGAUACCGAGCAAACACAAGAACACUACGACACCCCAGUUAACCCAAGUUGGAAUCCUGAAACAGUGGCAUCCGCUGAACAGAUCUCAGGUCGCACUUUGGAUGACAAGGGAAAGAUAAUCCAUCAAUCCGCUCAAGAAAAACUUGAACACAUGCAUCUUAAACGUGAUGACAGCAACGCGGCUCAGCAGCAGCAGUGUGCAACAACGACGAAUCCACCAACACACCAUCGGAUUGUGCGGGAAGACGACAACCAUGAUGAUUACAGGACACCGCCACCUCUACCUCUGUCACCGCCUCCAGAACCACAUCACCUACCAGCGGCGCAUGGUAUAUUUACGCCUGUGAAGGACUCACACGAGGAGUCACAGGUUGUAUCAAACUGUUCAGCAUCUUCUGAGUGUGUCGUUACAGAGGCUGGCGACCUACCAGCACCAGGGCUUCAGAUGGUGACGGCUGACAGCGCCGUUGUAGUACUUGAAGGCAAUGCGGUAGCUGCAACGACGACAGACACCAGCGAAGAGAAAGCAGACACAGUUGGAGUAGCAGAGAGAGGUCCAGCGACAAAUAAAGAUGACCAGGCAAGUUCGAGCCUUUUAGUGGCAGAAGAAAAAGAAGCUGUCGCAGGCUCAGGCGUGAGUGCAAUGGAUGAUCUAGCCUCAGGUAUACCUGGGAGCGAGUAUGUGCCAUUGGUGACGGGGGAGUGUCCACAACCAGAGUCCGAUCUUCAGCACCAAUCGAUCGAAGACAAACAGCACCAGAGGUUUGGCAAGUUUAUCCAGCGUCGCCGAUCCAGGAAAUUGUCCAUGGACAAAGAGUACCACGACAUGAAGCGAAAGCUGUCCGAGGCCAACGCAGGAUUAUCGUCCGUGCAUGCUACACCAGCAGCUGACAGCCCUGGCCGAAGUACACAAAACCUUCACACCGCCUCUGAGGCGCCUGCUGGGAACGCCUCGGAAUAUACGCAGACGCAAGAAGCACAAAUUAGGGGCUCCACAGAAGCUUCUCCUUCGGAACAAACUGGCCAGAAAAACGUUACCAAGCGCCCGGGUAGCCUGGCGAGCACUCGUCGUAAGUCUCGUCCUCUCUCAAUGGACGCCGAGUACUUUGCCAUGAAGAGCCAGUUGCAGCUGCACAAUGGGCGCGCAGGAGGGCACGCCACAGAGGGUCAACCCUCACAACAAUCGGCGGAAACUCAAAGAAGUGGCCAGCCACCAGUACCGGCGGGUAAUAGCGCAAACCACGUCCCGAUGUCAGGAGCUAUCGGAAAGGAAGGAGGUACCAGCCAAUCGCAAUCAAAGCCACCGGUCGCUGACCGGACGGCGGCCAGGGCCGCGUUCCGUCGGCGCAGCGGCCGUCUGUCGAUGGACAAGGAGUUUUUCGAGAUGCGCGCUCAGCUGGCGUUACAUAACGGAGGUCACCACAACAACGAGGUGAAGAUGGCGCCGCCGGGGAGCGACUCGGAGGGGCCGGUGAGUCCACCCCCAUCACCAGUUUCCGGCCCGCCGCCGGCCGCCGCGCCGCCGUCCCGGGGCACCAGAAGAAUGUCGAUGGAGGAUGAGUUCUUCGCCUGCAGGGCGGCGCACCUUGCGCGUCAUCCGGAACUGGAGCCGGACACAAGCUCUCCGCCGAGCUCUCCGAAAGUGAAGAACCGGUCCUCAACAGAGGAAGGUCACACUGUUAUACCAAAGAGCGAACCGAAUCUGAGGUCUGCUUUGAAACAUCAAUCCCCGGCAUCGGCACGGACAGAUUCUACCAUUCAACCGUCCUCGCAAACACCGACAACCAGUCCCAAGCCUUCCGUGGUAGCACAGACCAUCGACCUAUCGCCGGGCCAACACAGCGCCCCCGCCGCCAGAGCAGCGCCCGACCGUGCCCGUCUGCGGCCGCUCCCACUGGACCCGGACAUCCUGGUGGCCAGGGCUCGCGAGGAGCGUCCCGCGGUGGGGCAACGUGCUCUCGACUCUCCGACCACGCCGCCUUCGUCUCCGUCGUCCGUGCUAAGCCGCACCGGCCGGCCCGGCAGCAUCCGGCAGAGGGUGCGCGAGCUGGAGCGCUCAGCAGCGGAGAGCCCCCGGUCACCCGAGCAGCAGUCGGCCCCGGAGCCAUUCAGUCGCACCGACAGGCCGGGCAGCGUGCGCGAUAAGGUCCGACGCUUCGAGAUGACACAGCGGGGAGAGCUGCCAGCGGCCGCGCAGCAGGCGGAUGACGGGGAAGGCUCGCCGGUGACGCUCAGAAGACGUUCGACCCACUCGCCGUUCACCAGACUUGGCAGCGGGGACGGCGGAGGCGCGGUCACCUCCCUGUCCGUUCGCCUGCGGCCCUCACCGCCGCCAGUGGCGCAGCGCGCCUCUCAGCCCCCGAGCGGCACACCCUCGCCAACGCCGCUUCAGCGAGGCGUCAGCCAGAGACGGAGCCUUCCCGCCGGCGGCCUGCGCAGGGGAUCGCCGGCCAUCCCUGAAAUUCCGGCGCGGAAGCUGUCCCAUGAACAAAAGACUCCUGCACAAGUUCGAAACGGUGCCCAAGCACCGGGGACAAACAAGAGUAGCAAAGAGUCUCCAUCAGCCCCAAACACUGAGGCGCCACCGGCGAGGGAGAAUAGACGUGACGGUCCUCCGCAUGCUUCUCCAGGGACUCGGCACCAGCCCCACGCGGCUGGAAGUUCUCGCGACACGACGCCCAGCCCGCCCGACCUGAUCAGCUGGCCCUGCACAACGGACGACGAGGUCGCAGACGCACGGAACGCCGAGCCCCGAGCCACCAGUGCGGCCGGGCCGCCCCCGCGCCAGCGCAGCGCGUCCCAGAGGUCGGGCCACUCCAGUCCCUCCGCCUACGAGACGGCCAACGAGACGUCGUUCACGCAGCGCGAGUCCGCCGGGGAGCUGGGCGGCCCGGAGCUGGCGGCGGCCAGGACCGGGAGCCUGGACGGAUCGGUCGGCACAGAGGUCGACCCCCAGAACGACGACGUGUUCACUGACGCCUCGGGAAUGCCGGCACCGGUGACGUCGACCGUGACGUCCCUCUAGUCGCAGCGCGGCGAGCUUCGUUUGGUAACUUGUUUCGUGGUGGACGUGCAGUGCAGUAGCCAAGUGCAGAGAAUGUGCUGCUGCCUGUACGACGUGAUUACGAUAAGAUUGUGAUGUGAUUCGCUGAGCUGUGAGUGAUGUUGCGGCUUCUUUUACCGUAGGCUCUGACAGAAUAAGGCAGGGGCGGCGGAUGGCGAGGGAACUGUGUACUCGAGCGCACUGUAUGUUCUAAGUGGUUUUCUAGGUGGUCCUGUCAAUUGAUUUAAAUCAGCUUUAUAACUAUGCCAGUCAUGUGAUUAUUACACAAAUAUAGUUCUUGUAUGUCAGCACAAUAGAUCACAAAGCUUGUUCGUACGUAAUCCAGGCUCUACAGAGAACUGCAGCCUUUUCCUAUGAUGCUUUAUUUGUAAUACAUGAUUCAUAAGUAA